GCUCGUAUCCUUGUUUUCCAUGACAGAUUUUGACGACAGAAUACACAAAAUAUAUAUAAAGAUGAUUACUAAUAUAGUAACACUGAGCUUGAUCAUUUGCAUUUCCUUAGCUUUCUGGAUUCUGUCAAUGACUGCUAGCACUUAUUACGGUAACUUACGGCCUGUUUCUCCUUGGCGUUGGCUGUUUUCUGUUGUUGUUCCUGUUUUGAUCUCCUGUAAUGGCUUUAAAAAGAAAAGUCUAGAUUACAGUGGAGCAUUAGGAGGCCUAGUGGUUGGAUUCAUCCUAACCAUUGCAAAUUUCAGCUUUUUUACCUCUUUAUUGAUGUUUUUUCUUUCAUCUUCCAAACUCACUAAAUGGAAGGGACAAGCAAAGAAGCGUAUAGAUUCAGAAUAUAAAGAAGGAGGGCAAAGAAAUUGGGUUCAGGUGUUCUGCAAUGGAGCUGUGCCCACAGAGCUCGCCCUGCUCUACAUGAUAGAAAAUGGCCCUGGGGAGAUGCCGAUCGACUUUUCCAAGCAGCACACUGCUUCCUGGAUGUGUUUGUCUCUCUUGGCUGCACUGGCCUGCUCUGCUGGAGACACCUGGGCGUCAGAAGUUGGCCCAGUUCUAAGUAAAAGCCAGCCAAGGCUUAUUACAACCUGGGAGAGAGUUCCAGUUGGAACCAAUGGAGGGGUUACUGUGGUGGGACUUGCUUCCAGUCUCCUUGGCGGAACCUUUGUGGGCAUUGCGUACUUCCUCACACAAUUGGUUUUUGUGAAUGAUUUAGACAUUUCUGCUCCUCAGUGGCCAAUUAUUGUAUUUGGGGGUCUGGCUGGAUUACUAGGAUCAAUUCUGGACUCAUAUUUAGGGGCAACAAUGCAAUUUUCUGGUUUGGAUGAAAGCACCGGCAUGGUGGUCAACAGCCCAACAAACACAGCAAAGCACAUAGCAGGAAAACCUAUUCUUGAUAACAAUGCAGUGAAUCUAUUUUCUUCUAUUCUUAUUGCCCUUCUUCUCCCAACAGUUGCUUGUGGCUUUUGGCCUAGAGAGUGAACUUUACUUCAUUGCCACAGCCCCCACUUUGUAGAGGCUUCAUUGUACAGCUGGCUGGCUUCAAGACAAAGAGGUGGCACAGAGGAGAAAUAGUCCAUGGCAUACUGGGCAGAGGCAACAUGCUGCAGCAAGCUUCCCUUCUCUGUGUUUCUUUCAUCCAAAGUAUAAACCUGUUGAUUGGUGCCAUCCAUAUCCAGGGUGGGUCUUCCAUUAUCUACACCUUUAAUCCCAGUAUCACGUCCUUUUUUUUUUUUUUUUUAAUUUUAUUUAAGGAGAAAAAAAAGCAGAGAAAGGGUACAAGUUAUACAGAUUUACAGAAAAAAAAAUAAACAGUAGGAAAUCACUAGUUAAUGGAUUACAUAUUGUCAUCUUAGAAAUAAUUGUUCAAGUCACAAAAUUAAAGCUUGUAAAGUGGACAUUCCAACAAUGAUACUGCAAACAGUUCUGUUCAAUGAUCCAAUAAAACUCAGUGAUAUCAUUUUCUAUCUUAUACACUUAAAUAUACAUGCAGUUAUAUAGUUUAGAGCACUUUCUUUUCCUCUCUUUUGUACUAUUACACGUUUUGGGUUUUAUUGCUCCCACGGUCAGUAUCACGUCCUUAAUGCACAUUGGCACACACUAAUCUAGCCAUCAUCAAAACUCCCCAUCUGAAAAAGAACCCUUCUCCACUGUUGGUGGGAGUGUAGACUGGUACAACCAUUUUGGAAAUCAGUGUGGAGAUUACUCAAAAAAACUAGGAUUGGAGGUCCCAUUCCGGCUAUUCCCCUUCUGAGUAUUUUCCCAGAAGAAUUGAAAAACAUCAUACCACAACAUGUUUAUAGCAGCACAAUUUGUGAUAGUUAAAUCUUGGAAACAACCCAAAUGCCCAUCAACUAUGGAAUGAGUAAAAAAAGAUGUGGUAUUUGUAUAUAAUAGAGUACUACUCAGCCAUAAAGGAGGAUAAACUUGAGACUUUUAUAGAUAAAUGGAUGCAACUUGAGAUGAUACUCAGUGAAAUACAUCAGACUUGUAUGUGUAAAUAUCGUAUUGUCUCUCUAUUUAAAAAGCUGAAAGAGUAAAUAAGAUCCAAAGUAUAGAAUGGAUGUUGUGAAAGGAAAAGAAAUUGCUCAUAAGGAAAGAACAGCUGGGAUAGGGGAAAGGAGAAAAGAAGGGAAAAGAGGAUAUGUCUGUAUAUAUAUUCAUAUAUAUGGAUAGUGUAGAUAACUGGACUAAUCUCAGCUCAUCAAAAAAGAACAGUUUGUGCUUUCAUUGUUCAUUUAUUUGAUUUCUUUUCUUUUUUGGUAUCAGGGAUUGAACUCAUAACUUUGCGCUUGCCAGGCAGGCGCUGUGCCGCUAAGCUAUGUCCCCAUCCUGUUUGAUCAUUUUUGAUGCUUAUAUCUUGGAAUAUGAAAACUACUUUGAAGAUAACAAUAUACAAUAUAUCAGCCAGUGUUAAUCUCCUAUUAUUUUAUUUUGAAAUUCUGUAUCAUUGUUUAUCUAGAUAGCAGCCAUAGCAAAGCUCCUUGUCCAGAAUUCUGAUUCAGCUACUUUGAGGCAUACCCUGAGUAUUGAGACUUUUUAAAGCUCUCAUUGCACAUCAGAAUCAUGAGAAGUUUUUAAAAAUCACUGUUGCCAAGACUUCUUUGUAGUCUAAGUAAAUCUAAAUAUCUUAAAGUGAGGCCCAUGCUUUCAACCUAUUCUUUGUCUUUGCUGAGGGAGCAGUUCAUGUUAAAAACUCUUCAUAGGAAGAAUUCCAUGUAGCAGUAUAAUACAAUACUAUGUGUGCUGCCCAGACAAGCAUAAAGGACUCUUAUCUCCUAUUACACUGCUAACAAUAGAGGACAGCAAGGUGCAUGUGGCCCAGGGCAGCUCAAAGACUCUAAUGGUGAAAACCUGUCAGGUUGAGUCCACCAAGAAUUGACGCAGCAGGUCAUUUCUUCCUCAGAUGUUCUCACUUCUUGCUUCAUAUGCUAUUAUUUCUAACUGCUACAUGAAUAAAAUGCUAGUGUGAAAAUGCUAAUGCCACCAGUUAGAUAAAGGCCUAAUAAAUAAAGAGAAAAAUCAUGGAAUGUUUUAAAACUUAUCAGAUGCCUAAAGUAUGAACAAUGGCUGCCUGUUAUGCACAGUGGAUCUAGUAGGACCAAUCAUCUGAUCUUCCUGGCAUUUUAUCUGAUGUUCCCAGUGCCAUCACAUUGAGAGGAAAUUGUCAUACCACCAAAUUCCCAGUGCAUUGUGCAACCUUUAACAAUGCAAAUACUGUGGUGACACAGCACUUAGAAGGCUGGGAUAGAAGGAUCACUAUGAAUUCAAGGCCAGCCUGCGUUACAUAGUAAAUUUAAGGCCACCCUGCAUUAUAGAAUGAGACUCUGUAAUCAGUGUUUCUUUUAAGACUCUGAAAGUUGAUCAUGAGGAACAUUUUCCUAGAGAGAUAUCAAAAGUAUUUUAAAAAUCGUUUGACUACUUGGCUUUCUGAGGACUGUGAUGAUUCCAGCAUUUUUCAGUCAUAUAAAACAACAUGAAUGAUUUUGAAGCUAAUUUGAGUUAGGAAAUUAUUGUGAAAGAGUGGCAAAGCAGGACUCUUAAAAUUACUCUCUGUGCCAACCCUGUCAUUUCUCCUCCAUUUAUUAUACCUGCUCUUUGAAAAUUUAUAAAUGUAGCAACUUUCAUGUUCAUGGUUUUUUCUUUUUGUUAAUAUUUACUUAAGUAACACUGAUUUUGUUCUUUUAAAAAUUAGGAUAUUUGAGAUAAGGCUAAAAUUAUAGUUUGGCCUCUCAAUAAGCUUGGCCCCUUCCUUAUCUUCUCCCCAAGGUAAUUAUUGUUUUAAAAAGUAGGAUACUUUUCAUAAUACUUGUUCCAGGUGUAUUUUAACCUACUUUUUAAAAAUUAACAAAAUUGUUGUACUUAGUACUUCUUUUGCUGCCUUAAGUCAGGUGUUUAUAUUCAAGAAAAACGUAGCGAUAAAGAUUGGAAGAAUGUAUACCAUAAUGUCAGUGUUUUAUCUGGUUAGGAGAUAGGUGUUUUUUAACUUUUGUUAAGAUAAUUUUAAAUAUUUCAGUAUAUAAAGUAUAUUUCAUUAAAAUUAUUAAAAUAUA